AUGGACGUGAAACUGAACGCCGACACGUACAUCGACACGUACAUCGACUCACUGGGAAACUAUUUUGUUGUCGUUUGCACACAGUUCCCGGACGUGAAUCCGAUCGAAGACUGGUGGGGCAUCUUGGCGAGCGUUGUCUGCGCAUCGGGCAACGGAUACGAGACGACAUCGGAGCUGGUCGCGGCGGUCAAGAAAGCGUGGGGUGGGAUUGCCACGACGACGCUCGCCAACUUGGUCGAUUCCAUGGAAAUGCGCUGCCUGCCUGUGUUCAAAGGCGACGGCGAGCAGAUCAAGUGCCGAAGACUUUCCGAUAUCGAAAGAAUGGCGUUGGGCGUUCAGUAG